AAAAAAUAGCGGGCAAAACUUGUGUUUCUGUAAAUUGAAGAAAUCCCGGAGCAAAUCUUGUCAUCGCCGCCUGACGUCAUAGAAAAGGGAGGGGGAGCAGAUAAGGGGAAUUCCGCGCAUUUCCGAAGCGACUGUCGUGGAAGCAUGAUGAUUGCGAGAAAGGGGGGGGGUAAGAAAAUAGUGUGGUAGCACAAAUCUUUCAGUCUCAUUCACUGUGAAAAAUUAAUUAUAUGUUUGUAUAAUUAUAAAAUAUAUUUAGGUGUUGUAACUGGUAACAAUGGAAACAUAGUACAUUACCUCGAAUCAAAAUUAUACAUGUUAAAUGGUUUAGAUGCUAAGAUUAUUUGGAUCUCUGUGCUCAAUCUGGAUCGAAUGAAAAAGCGCACGCUGGUGGUGCAGGAGCAGCGCUACCGCGAGCAGCUGCAGGAGCUGCAGGCGCUGGCCGCGGCGCGCGAGAGCGAGAGCAGCGAGCUGCGAGACCGCGCCUCGACGCUGCAGGCGGACGUCGAAGACAAGGCCUCCACCAUGCUCCGGCUGCAGUCGGAGCUGGAGCUGGCCAACAAGCAGUCGGAGCUACUGCGCCAGAAGCUGCGCCAGAUGGAGGAGGACAUCGCGGGCUUCAAGCGGUACAACGCGCAGCUGGCGGCGGAGCUGGCCGCCAAGGCGGAGGACGAGACGUCGGAGAGCGAGGCGGAGGAGGUGCUGCAGCGCCGGCGCAAGGAGGAGCAGAUGGAGGAGCAGCUGCAGCGGCUGCGCGAGCGCGCGGCCGAGCGCGACGCCCGCGCGCAGCAGCUGGCCGGUGACGCGGCGCGCCUCGAGGCUGAACUGGCGGCGGCGCGCGCCGAGCGCGACAGCCUGGACGCGCAGCGCCGACAGAUGCUGCAGGAGCGACAGGAGGAGAUGCAGAUCGUGCAGAAGGCCCUGGAGGAGGCGCAGGCCGAGAGCGCGGCCGCCAAGCGCCGCUUCGACCAGGACUUCGAGCGCCUGCGCACCGUCAACACGGCGCGCGAGCAGCAGCUGCUCGAGGACUUCGAGUGGAAACUGCGCGAGGUGCAGCAGACGUGCAAGCGACGCCUGCAGGAAUCGGAGCGCGCGGCGGAGCAGCGCGUGGCGGCGGCGCGGCAGGAGCUGGAGCAGCGGCUGUCGGCGGCGGAGCGGCGCGUGGCCGACCUGUACGACACGCAGCGCGCGCUGCGCACGGCCACGCGCGACAUCGAGCGCGCGCACGAGGGCGAGCUCAAGCUCAAGGAGGAGAUCACGCGCCUCAAGGCGCUCGUCGAGACCGAGCGCAACUUCGCCGCCACCAUCCAGAGGAACUACGAUCGCCAGGUGACGGACGCCGAGCGCAAGUUGGAGGCGCGAGUGCAGGAGGUGCGAGACGAGCUCACGCAGCAGUGGGAGGACAAGGUGCGCGGCGAAUGCGCGCGCCUGCGCGGAGAGCUGCAGCAGCUGCACGCCGAGGAGAUCGCGCUGGCGGUGCGCGCGGCGCGCGAGGAGCGCGACGCCGGUCACCAGGCGGCGCUGGCGCAGCUGGAGCGCCGCCUACAGAACGCGCUCAACGAGGUAACAGCACUGCGCACUCGCAUGGCAGAGAAAGAGGCGCAGCACGAGAGAGACCUGGCCGAUGCGCAAACGAACGCCGACAGCGCCGCCGUCGAGCUGCGUAGGAAGCUCGAUAAACUGGACAUGCAGUAUCAGGAGCAGAUAGAGAAGUUGCAGGAACAACAUGAACAACACAUAGAAAAACUUACCGAGGAGAAUGAUCGACGCGUUGCACAAAUGGAGCAGACAUGGCAGAUGCAAGUGACUUCCACACGCACAACUCUCGAGCUGGUCAAAGAGCAGCUCGAGCGAGACGCUCAGGACAGGUUGGAGGCCCUCGAGAGACAGCACCAGCGGAAACUUGAGGAGCAAUGGCAGCAGCUAACCGCUGAGCGAGAACGGGCUCUUGAGGAGGCCCACGAUAAACAUCACCAACAGUUGGAGCAGUUGCGCAAGGAUCUGGAGGAAGCCAGCAAGGAUAACCCCGUCAAGGAUUUGGAGCUGGAGAAGGCUCUAGCAUCCCUUCGCUCCCAGCUGGAGUACCGAGAGAAAACUGUGAACAAGUUUCCGAAGAAUCCGGGGAACUUGGAACACCUCAGUGCUCCCCUAGUCUUCAACUCCCAGCAGAGCAGUCGGAACAAAAUGUCGACACUCAACGAGAAGCAGAACAACUUGAACCCCAGAUCUAAUCAAGUUUCACUUGCCACGGGGGAGGCCUCCAGUCCAGCCAACAUCGCCAACUCCAGCAGCAGCAAGGCAGUGCUGCCAGUGCCCACGCUGUCUGUGCUCCUGGUGCCCCUCCUCUCCUGGAUCCUGCUGGACUCUUUUGCCCUAGCUCUAGCCUCUCUCCUUAUGAUCCUGGCGCUGCUCUUGUACCUCGGCCCAUGACCUGGAGUGCCUGUAUGUUUUUAGUGUUAGUGUGUGCCUGCCAACAAAUCCAUAGCCUGCAUGCUGGUUCCUAGAUGCCUCCUCUCUUUAUAGGCAAAAAUAUACGAUCAUUAUCUCACACUCUACAAGACU